AUGAGAUCUCAUCAUCUUAGAUAAAAACCUAAAUCGGAAGAGGAGCGUUUUGCAUAAAGAAUAUAACAAGUGAAAAAUACAUAUUUAAUUGGAGCAGAUGAAAAAAACUUGGCACCUCGAAUAACAGCAAAAUCAUGGAUUAUUGUAGAUUCAUAAUCUGGCGAUGUUUUGUAUUCCUUCAAUGAGAAUCAAAAGAGGGAAAUAGCCUCAAUCACUAAAAUCAUGACAUUUUAUGUUGUACUUAACAUGUGUCGCACUAUGAAUGUGCAAACUAAUAAUACAUAUGCUGAAGUCAGUUUUUAAGCCAGUUCAGUGGGUGGCACUACUGCAGAUCUACUCAAAGGAGAUGUUGUUUCUAUCGAAGAUUUAUUUUAUGGUUUGAUGUUACCAUCAGGAAAUGACGCUGCAAUGGCAUUAGCUGAAAAUUUUGGCAUAUAUGCUAUGUAUUAAAAUAAAAUUAAAGGAAAGAAUCCUUUAAUUUAUUUUAUUCAAGAAAUGAAUAACAAGGCUAGAGAGUUGCGAAUGAGUCAAACCACUUAUGCUAAUCCUCAUGGUUUAAAUAAUAAAAAUAAUGUUUCAUCAGCUUAUGAUGUAGCUAAGCUGUGUAAUUAAUUAUUAAAGGAUGAAUUCUUUCGUAAAGUAGUAAAUACUAAAGUUCAUUUUUCUACAAUUUAAGAUGAAGAAGGAUUUACUAGAGAUGUUAUAUGGGAAAACACAAAUAAAUUGUUGUAUUAAGGCUUCAAAGGAAUCAAAACUGGGAAUACUUCUGUUGCUGGCCCUUGUUUAGCUAGUUACUAUUAAACUGCUAACAGAUCUUUUACAAUUGUAAUUUUGGGAUGCAGAAACUAAGAAGAUAGAUGGUCAGAAACUAUGUAACUAUUGCAAUGGUGUUUAUCACAAAUUUAAUGAUUUUUCUAUAUAACUUAAUAUAAAUAU